AUGACCACCUUGUUUGGUGCUGUCGUCAACAACGCAAAUCAAAAUUCGCCACCGAGGCGUAAACAUUGCCAUAGGUUAUGCGGGCAAACGUGUUCUCGACUGUCUUUAAGCGCAAAUGAAAAGGCGAAAAAGUAUUUUUCCAGAUUUUACAAAUUCAGACAAAUGGACUUUGAGUAUGCUUCGUGGCAAAUGGUCAAUAUUUUUGUUUCCCCGCAGAAGUUAUACAGAAAUUUUAGUUAUCACCAUUCUACUCGCAAUCAGUGGGCUCGUGAUGAUCCUGCAUUCAUGAUUCUCUUUAUUCCUUGGAUGCUUGUAUCGACUACAAUAUACUCAGCCAUUCUUGGCCAUUCUUUCUGGGGUUGGCUAAAGCUUCUGCUUUGGUCAUUAACUGUCGAAUGUGUAACCUCUGGUCUCUUGGUGGCCACAGGCAUACGUCAGUUUUCCAGCAACUCGGAUGAUGAAUCUUGGGCCUACGCCUUCGAUAUUCACCUAAAUGCUUUGUUUCCGUGUAUAAUCAUCCUGCGUAUCAUCCAACCCAUGUUCUUCUAUUGUAAGUCAAUCGUUCGAAGGCCAACAUUUUUGGGUAGUUUCAUCGGGAAUUCGUUCUGGCUAGCCGGCAUCCUCUAUUACGUUUACAUUACCUUUCUGGGCUACAAGGCACUGCCCUUCUUGAGGCACACACGAGGCAUCCUCCUAACUGGGACCAUCUUCAUCAUCCUUUAUAUUGCUUCUGUGAUAGUGCGCUGGAACUUCACGGUGGCGAUGUGCAAGUUCUACUCCAUGUUUUGA